GUAAACCACGUUGCGCAUUUGAUGGGAAUUUACGGUAGACGCAGGCAGUAAACGGAAACACGUGGGUAAAUAGGAAGUAAACUGCGCCGCGCGGUUUGUGUCGCUUCCCGUCUGCAGUCUAGCGAAAUGGCGGGGAUGAAUGCGAUGGAGAAGAAAUUGGCAGAAUACAAAUGUGACACAAAUGAAGCGAUAUGUCUGAAGCUUGUGCGUUUCCCUGAGGACGUGGAAGAUGAAAGCACAACGUUCCACCCUGAGUAUAGUCACCAGCUGUAUGGAGAUGAUGAAGUGGCAUUUGGAUAUAAAGGUCUUCAGAUUCAGUUGUACUACACGGCAGGAAACUUGAACACACUCUUCAAAGUGAAAUAUACAUCGAAGGUGUCUGAGAAGUUUGACUGCGUGGAGCCCGAUGACGUCGAAGGCAAGAUCCGGGAGAUCAUUCCCCAGGGCUUCACCUGCAAUGCGGACGACUUCGUAGCGCUGUUGGAGAAGGAGGCCAACUUCCGUCCGUUUGGGAGCUUGUUGCACACGUACACGGUGCACGGUGGGGAGGACGGAGAGGACAUCACCUACCAGAUCUACAAGGCGGACAUGGCGUGCCCCGGUUUCCGGGAAUACCACGCACGCCUGCAGACCUUCCUCAUGUGGUUCAUCGAGACGGCCAGCUUCAUCGACGUGGACGACGAGCGCUGGACCUACUUCCUUGUAUUCGAGAAGUACAAUAAGGACGGAGAGACCCUCUACGCCACUGCGGCCUACAUGACAGUGUAUAAUUACUACGUGUACCCAGACAAAACCCGGCCACGCGUAAGCCAGAUGCUGGUGCUGCCCCCAUUCCAGGGAGAAGGUCACGGGGCCCAGCUGCUGGAGGCGGUGCACCGCUUCUACUGCACGUCUCCGUUGGUGCAGGACAUCACAGCGGAAGAUCCCUCUGAGAGCUACGUGAAGCUGAGAGACUUUGUGUUGGUCAAGCUCUGCCAGUCGCUGCCAUCCUUUGCCUCGGAGCAGCUGAGCCAGGGUUUCGGUGAUGCCAUGGCAACGGAGGCCCGCGAGAAGCUGAAGAUAAACAAGAAACACGCCAGGCGCGUGUAUGAGAUCCUGCGCCUACGAGUGACGGACAUGAGCGACGAGGAGAAGGCGAGGUCAUACCGGCUGGAGGUCAAACGGAGACUGUUUGGGCCCUACAAGAGGAUCGCAGGUUCUGAGCAUGACGUCUCCAGCGUUGCACUGAGGCGGUGGUUGACUUCGUGGAUUCGCUGCAUGUGCUGCGGCUGAGGUCUCUCCCGCUGCAAUGUUGGACGGCAUUACCGUCGGCCGACUUUCUGCCUUGCCACGUAGGCCCUGCAGACAUGGAGAGGUAAACCGGCUCUCAGUGCUAACUGGGAUCUCCACAAAUUUCAUGUGGUGCCCAUUGCCGGAUCCUCGUGGCGACAAGGAAGUGUCCAGGGAAUUUGCAUGUCGUUUACUGGGGUCGUCUCCGGGAAUGCGGUGCUGCUUUGCACAUGCGCCUGCUUUAAGAAAACCAAACGGGGGGUGGGACUUAAUGGCCGCGGGAAGCUUCGUUCCAGCAUCAUUACGGGGCUUUUGAAGUUUCAUUAGGCCGCCCGCUUGCUUCCUCGAAACGCGUGCCCGCCCGCCAUCCAUUUGCGGCCCCCUACCCCUACUUGUAUUUACCUGUGGCCUUUUUCCAUUAUGCUAUAAAAUUACUGUACAAUGCUUUUGAAAGGAAUCCCAUUUUGUGGCAGCCUGGAUGGGUGGGAGGGGAAGACGCCCAGGGCUGCCUCAUAACAGGCGGGAGUCCUUUUAGGACUCGCGACUCUUCGAGUCCCGUUUUGGGGCCGUUCUUGAAUGUCUUGUGUGUCUGAUUUUUGCAUAUAUUUAUGAUCUGAAUGUGCGCCGAGUCGUUUGCGUUCAUGGAUACGUAAUCAAGUCUGGAUACGGGACUGACAUUGUAAAUGAGGCCGGGAGAGAGCCGUGGCACCUCAGCCAGUGUAAACGCCACCGGCGACGCGUUUAUGGAAGCGGGAACGAGAAACAGGGAGGAGCACAGGCAGGAGAUCUGGAGUCCAGAUGGGGCGAGACUCGGCCUGGGAACGGAGGCGGCGGUUAGAUUGCAGAGCUCGCCUCGCUGGGCCAUGUGUGCAGCAUUAGAGGCGGCUUCCCGGUGCUGCAUUCUGUCUGGCCCCUUGGGUGUGCAUGCAUGUGUGCGCAUGCGGCGAGGGUCCCUGCUGUGCACAGGGACACCUGGUCCUGUGCCGUAGCAGCAUCAUAUCAGUUGUGGUUCCUCUUUACUUGCUCCUGUGCCUCUCAGACUCAUGCACUUGUUCAUGAAUUCAUAAGACUUAAACUCAUCAUAUACUGACCUCCUUUCUCAUAGCGACUAAGACAAGUUCGCUCCACCCUCCUUGUGUGAGGCUGCAUACAAAUAAACACCCCCAAGCGUUCGAUAAGACACCCUGUCAUCCAGUGGGCAUAUUCGCUUAUCUGGGGGCCCCCGGCUGACAUCAGCGUGGACGGUCAGGUGUUUCCGAUAUAACUAACCACGUACCGUUCCCUUUUUCCCAGGGCGGGGCGGGUCCAAUAGCCUCGUUGCGUAACUCAUUACAUAAUUAAUCUCAGUGAUUCUCCCUGUCUGCCUCAGGCAUCCUAGGCCUCUU